AUGGUCAAUGAUUUGGAACGAAUCCCAACGAGCAUACUAGUAGAAGACGAGUCGCGCAAGUAUGCAAGCAAGCUUUAUAGCUACGCAAACGACUGUAAACUUACGAAUGGAAAGUCAAAGAGCGGUCAAGGGUGGUUAUGGAUGUCGCAGAGGCGCCUCCACGGGUCUUCAUGUCGCAAGUCGUCCAACGUCGUCCAACGUCCAAAAUCGAAGAUCGGCGUCCGGAGGAUUGGCAGUACCGACGAGAUGGGCGAGAGUAACUUCAGUAUUGAAGAUAGGAAAAGAGCGAUGUACCAUCAUACUCGUCCGGGGCAUCAUACGUAUCUAGAAGCGCGUCGGAAGAGAAUUAGUACCAAAGUGCGAACGAAUGGUGCCAAAACGUCCCAGAGACUCGAGGAAGGAGCGAUGAUAGGAGACUGGUUGACCCCUCCCGCGCCAUCAAUGAUCAGCCCAGUUACUAUAAGUUCCCUUCAAGUUCUCGAAGAGACCGUGCCAGUUCUGUGGAGUCGCUCUCAGGUGCGAUUUGAUUUCUAA